UACCGACGGUCCUUUCAUCCUGCCACCUAGCAGUCCUAACCAUACGCUUAUAAGGCAAAUUAUCCUCUGACAAGGCUGGGUAUCCUUCGGGGCGUCCGGGUUUAUGAAUUGCUUAGUCUUCUAGGGGUAUGAUUUCAUUCAGAACAUUGGCCGUGAUUGUUGGAGAAAUGUAAAAGCCACCUAAAUCGUUCGCUGAGUCUAGGAGGCUGGUGCCUCAGGACCCCUCCAGGAUCGCGCUUUCGGGUUGCGUUCUCGUCGCCUCGCUGGACCGGCUCUUCCAUCGUUAUGAGACAUGAAUGAUGACCCCAAGGCUAUGGCCAGCGAACCCCUCGAAGGCUUCCACGAAGUGAACUUGGCUUCUCCCACGACCCCCGACCUUCACGGCCUGGUGGAGGCGCACACGCCCAAACGCAGCGCCACCCCCAGCGCCCUGUAUCGCGCGCCCUCCCUCAACUCCGCCCACUGCCGGCCCAACGCCCUGCGCGCCGACCAGCUGCCCACCCAGCCCGUCUACUCCACCCCCAAGCACCUGGGCGCGGAGGAGCCCCACAAUGGGAGCGUGCCGGGGUUGGAGGUCCAUCUCUCCACCUGUGGCUCCGCCCGGCUGGGGGCGGAGCCCUGUAAAGGCGGAGCCCUGUGCGGCGUAGAGGGGGAGGAGCCAGUGGGCCUGGGCAGCGACGCCCUGUCGCACCUGAGGAGUCCCUCGGUGACGGAGCUGAGGGAGAAGGGGUACGAGCGGCUGAAGGAGGAGCUGGCCAAAGCUCAGAGGGAGGCCCACAGGAUGGUGCGGGAGGCCAGUCUGAAGCAGGCCACCGCUGAGAAGCAGCUGAAGGAGGCCCUGGGGAAGAUUGACGUGCUCCAGGCGGAGGUGGCCGCCCUGAAGAAGCUGGUGCUCUGCACCUCGCCCACCUCGCCCUGCCGGGACCCGCCCCUGGGCCCCAAGGCCCCCUUUAAGAAGAGCCACGCCCGCAACAAGAGCACCAGCAGCGCCGCGGCGGGGGGCCUGCAGGAGCUCAGCGUCAUCCAGCCCGUGGGCCGGGAUUGCAAAGAGGUGGAGGGCCAGGACCCCUCUGCUUGUGAGUUAAGGCCUGGGGGCUCACUGGAGAGACUGUCUUUGACCAGAGAGGAUAUAUACCCCUGCCUCACCUUCUCCAAGAGCGAGCUGGGGUCGGCCAUCCUGGACGCGGUGGAGAGGAACACGCUGAGCGUGGAGCCCGUGGGGUUCCAGCAGCUGCCCGUGGUCCGGGCGUCCGCCAUGGAGUGCGGGGGACCCAAAAAGUGUGCCCUCAGUGGCCAGUCUAAAACCUGCAAGCACAGAAUCAAGUUGGGCGACUCCAGCAGCUACUACUACGUGUCUCCCUUCUGCCGGUACCGGAUAACUUCAGUCUGCAACUUCUUCACCUACAUCCGCUACAUUCACCAAGGGCUGGUCAAGCAGCAGGAUGCGGAGAAGAUGUUCUGGGAGGUCAUGCAGCUGCGGAAGGAGAUGUCAUUCGCCAAGCUGGGCUACUACAAGGAGGAGCUGUGAUCCUGUAGGCGGGAAGAAGGCAUGCCAUCUGCUCUCAUUGGACAGGGAGACCAGACGGACAGGGGAGUGCUCCAAUCACCACGGCCCCCACAGGCAGGCAGGCCCCGCCUCCCUGCCCUCCUCUCCUUUCAUUUCACUUUGCAGGCCACGCCCACCUUAAAACUCGAUAUAUUUUCAGUUGCAGGCCCCGCCUAUUUCCAGUGUCCUACACUAAGGCCUUGACCAAAUCAACACACUUGCCUACUAUUGAGUGUACAACUUGUAUCUGACUUGUAUGCUCAGUAGUAGGCAAGUGCGCUCACUUAGACACGGCCUAUGUUUUAAUCAGGAAGAGGAGAAAGCACGAACCAGCCGGUUUUGAAAAAAACUGAGAACGAGUUCUUGUGAUGAGAAAAGGUUUGAUGAUGUUUCUGCUUGCAUUCCUUUUGGGGACUUCGAAGAAAUGGUGCAUUUGGGGAAAAAUGAGAAAUGGGAAAAAAAAUAGUGGAAUGCUGUAAUUUCAAACCAUACACCAAUAAACUGUUUCUGGCUCUAGUUCCUAAACUCAAACUGUACUUAGCCGUAUGUGGCAGUGAAGUGGUGUGUCGUAUGUAUGAUCUGUGCUGUGUGUAUGUUUGAUCUCUGUACAUCUGUUUUUAUUUCUGCACUCUUCAGUCUUAUGAAGCUUCCCACUCUUUAUUUUAGUGCCUUUCUGGACUAUACUAAAUAAAACUGUAUACCUCUGG